AUGAAGAGUGCUGUGAUGCGGCCACGAAGGUCCAUAUCGACGAUCAAAAAAUGGCGUGGACCGAAGAGGAUCGGCGCCUCGAAGCUCUUUGCGACUCGUGGCUCCAUCUUUGUGACAGAUACAAAAGAGGCGGCAGUCCACGCCGCAGAGACAGGAGCAAUUAUUGCUCGGAACUACAACGGGGUAGAGUACAAAUCGACUGCGACCACUUUUGGAAAGCUGGCCAAGGCUAUCUGCCAGGGCGUCAUUGUGCCUGAGGAUGUUGGCACCAUCAUUCUCGAUGGAGGGGAUACGCCGCUGCUUGACACUGGGACGAAUUCGCAAGUGGAGCGCCUGUGCGAAUUCCUCGGUGACGAUCUCACUGUUGUGCGCUCCAAGAUGCCUGAUGAAGUCAGGCUGACAAAUCAUCAGCAACACGAUCAUUUCUCUUCCUAG